GGAGCGGAAGUACAGUCACUCGCCAUUUUGAAGAAGAAAAAAAUCGGCUAGCGACCGAGCAUUGACUUCUUUGAGUGCAACGUGAUAGUACCGCUGGAAGAUAAUGCGUGUUACAGAGCUGCUUUAAAGUUCGCUCACUCAGCUGUUUAGUUGUGAAUCGUACUGUAGUACUUCUAUAACUGCACAUUGCUCUUCUAGCCAUGUCUACAGAUCCAGCAGCCGACCAGGCGGCGGAGUAUGUCCCAGAGAAGGUGAAGAAGGCAGAGAAGAAGUUGGAAGAAAACCCAUAUGACCUUGACGCUUGGAGCAUUCUGAUUCGAGAAGCACAGAAUCAACCAAUUGAUAAAGCAAGGAAGACAUACGAGCGACUUGUCACACAGUUUCCAAGUUCUGGCAGAUUCUGGAAACUAUUCAUUGAAGCUGAGGUGAAGGCAAAAAACUAUGACAGGGUAGAAAAGUUGUUUCAAAGAUGUCUGAUGAAAGUGUUGCACAUUGACCUGUGGAAAUGUUACCUCGCCUAUGUGCGAGAGACCAAAGGAAAGCUCCCAAGCUAUAAGGAGAAGAUGGCCCAGGCAUACGACUUUGCUUUGGAUAAAAUUGGCAUGGAAAUUAUGUCAUAUCAGAUUUGGGUGGACUACAUUAAUUUCCUCAAGGGAGUUGAGGCUGUGGGCUCAUAUGCAGAGAACCAGCGAAUAACGGCAGUGCGGAGAGUCUACCAGAGAGGCUGUGUGAAUCCCAUGAUUAACAUAGAGCAACUCUGGAGAGAUUAUAGCAAAUACGAGGAGGGAAUCAAUAUACACUUGGCCAAGAAAAUGAUUGAGGAUCGAAGCAGAGACUACAUGAAUGCAAGGAGAGUGGCGAAGGAGUAUGAGACUGUGAUGAAAGGGCUUGACAGGAAUGCGCCCUCGGUGCCGCCCCAGAACUCGCCCCAGGAGGCUCAGCAGGUGGAUAUGUGGAAGAAGUACAUCCAGUGGGAAAAAAGUAACCCUCUGCGCACAGAAGAUCAGACGCUCAUCACAAAGAGAGUGAUGUUUGCCUAUGAGCAGUGCCUACUGGUGCUGGGGCACCAUCCUGAUGUGUGGUAUGAGUCAGCUCAGUAUCUAGAGCAGUCGAGCAAGCUUUUGGCAGAGAAAGGGGACAUUAAUAACUCCAAGCUGUUCAGUGAUGAAGCUGCUAACAUCUAUGAGCGUGCGAUUGGGACGCUACUCAAGAAGAACAUGCUUCUUUAUUUCUCAUUCGCCGAUUAUGAAGAAAGCCGUAUGAAGCACGAGAAGGUGCACAACAUCUACAAUAAACUGCUUGCCAUCGAGGAUAUCGACCCCACGUUGGUUUACAUCCAGUACAUGAAGUUUGCCAGGAGGGCGGAGGGCAUCAAAUCAGGCCGCACCAUCUUCAAAAAGGCCCGUGAGGAUUUGCGCACACGCCACCAUGUGUACGUCACAGCAGCGCUGAUGGAAUACUACUGCAGCAAGGAUAAAUCUGUGGCCUUUAAGAUUUUUGAGCUUGGUUUGAAGAAAUAUGGAGACAUUCCAGAAUAUAUACUUGCAUAUAUCGAUUACCUCUCACACCUUAACGAGGAUAACAACACGAGGGUUCUCUUUGAACGAGUCCUCACCUCAGGAAACCUUUCACCAGAGAAGUCAGGAGAGAUCUGGGCCCGUUUUCUGGCGUUUGAGAGCAACAUAGGCGACCUGGCCAGUAUUCUGAAGGUGGAGCGACGCCGUUUCACUGCCUUCAAGGAGGAGUACGAGGGCAAAGAAACGGCCUUGCUUGUAGACAGAUAUAAAUUCAUGGAUCUGUAUCCUUGCUCCACCAGUGAACUCAAGGCUCUAGGAUACAAGGAUGUGACUCGUGCCAAACUACCACUGCUUCCUGAAACUGUGGCAGUGCCCUCCGCGCCCACACUGAAGGAUGAAAUAGACCGAAGACCAGAGUACCCCAAACCAGACAUCAAUCAGAUGAUCCCCUUCCAGCCGCGCCACAUGGCCCCCCCAGGCCUGCACCCUGUGCCGGGCGGAGUCUUCCCAGUCCCCCCGGUGGCCGUCCUCCUAAUGAAGUUGCUUCCCCCACCCACAUGUUUUACUGGUCCUUUCGUUCAAGUGGAUGAGCUCAUUGAGACUUUCAGGAGAUGUACACUUCCCGAGACUGUUGAAGCUGCUGUGGAGCUCAUCACUGGAAGACUGCCUGACGGUAGCGGUGAGGGCAACGGCGCUGUGGAGAACCACGCCGCCACUAAGUCACUUAAGCGGCCCAAUGCCGACUCAGACGAGGAAGAUGACAAAGGGGUGGCGCCGCCCAUCCACGACAUCUAUCGUGCUCGCCAGCAAAAGCGGAUUCGAUAAGAGUGGACACUGCGGCAUGAAUCUUACAAGAAUGUAACACGCGGCCAAAGGAGGUGAUAUUUUUGUGUUUUUGGAGAGUGUUGAGCUGACGGAAGUUCUGUACAGCAGCCACACAUACUACGCACCCUAAGCCUGAGUGUCCUUGUGUUUUAUGUUGAAAGACUGACUUAUACUGUACAAAGUUUUUAAUCCAACCAUCAUCAGUUGUGGCAAAGAGCUCUGUUUUUGGCCUUGUGAUGUUUCAUCGAUGGGAAAUAUUUUUAGAAAACUUGAGAUGUUCUUUCUCAAUAAAAGUGUACAUUAAGUACAUCUUUUUUUCAUCUUUUUGUUUAGCCUCCCAACAUGAAAAACAAUUAUGUCCAACCUAAGUAGAACUUGAAAGAAUCCGACCCUCUAGCCAGACCGCUGGAAUCACGCCAACCGAACCGCCAGACCCGCGCUGGCGCAGCUCCAACGACCUGGGCCGGCGAGAACCCGACAAUCUGGCUGGAUGGCCAAACUCCGCGCGUUCACCUUAGUCUUAACCCUCAGUACUGACUUCAUUUUGAAAGGUUUGAAGAAAGCUCACCGAAAGCAAGUUGCCAAUUUAUUCAGGUCGACAGCGAUCAAACAGAAAGGCGAAACAGACUCAGGCGAGGAGGCAAACUCUUUACAAGGUCACCAUAUUAGAAGUCAACAAAAGGUUCCCGGGAAAAAAAUGACAACGCUUAGUUAAACAUGCAGUCAUUUGAAGGCUUUUGCUGGGCGGGCCGUGGGCAGGAAGAAGGGUGUGUUUUGGAUUAUUGUCUGUUUGUGGAUUGGACAGGAGGAUUCGGGAGUUACUAUUGUCAGGGCAACGAGGGUUGUGGAUUUUGCCACCUCAGCGUCAAAGGGGAUCUUGGAGUCUUAUCAGUUGGAUAUCGGGCGUUCUCCAGUGCUCCUUGUGUUGGGACAGAGCGUCCCGCCAUUUGUUCUAAUCUAGUGUCCGGGAGAACUGAUUGCGAUAGUUGGUGCGUCAAUCUUGCUCAGUCAGUUGUAUGACGCAUGCGCUGGGCUUCCGUGAUGUGUUAUCUCUUAUGCCCUAUAUUCUGUUUGUUUUCCUUAAACUAUGGUAUAAGUGCUAUUUAUUUUAUAUUGGGUGUGUUAGAGUAAUACAAACAGUAAAUACGAGAAACGAUACGAUUCCCUGAUUGAUUAUAUUAAGUGUUUUAGAGUAAUGAAAACAGACAGUGCCUACGAGAAAAAGUACUCUCUCCUUCAAACUAUUAACCUAAGCCCAAAACAGUUAACCCACGAUACUGGUCAUGUACUUUAUUAGUUGUACGACUCACAGGGGGGCUCUAAACCUGAAAAAGCCACUGAUAGGAAAAUGGGAGGUCAACAUCCCAACUGGGAAGCAGUAUUUUACAUCUUUCCAACACUACAAUGGCUAUAGAAAAUAGACAAUACCUGUGCAGGCAGUUGUAUGUGUUCUCUUAGACAAUACCUGUGCAAGCAGUUGUAUAUGUUCUAAUCUUUACAUGUUUGAUUAACUAAGGCCAAACUUUAUUUA